AUGACGAGUUCCUCGAGUCUGUCACGGACCUCUAGCUCCCUCGGGCGCUUUACGGUGCGCUCUCGCCCCAAGGUCAACAUCGAUCUGGAAGGUCAGCGUGAUGGCUUGGUCAAUGUUUACACCACCGGAGACACAAUCAAGGGAGUGGUGACAAUUACCGUGGAUCAUGAUACGCGUUUCGAUGAGCUGGAGAUUACCUUCGAAGGCACCUCACGAACCUCAGUUGAGCGACAAUCGAUGCCUGGCAGGACAGGCGCGUAUCAAACCUUUCUACGACUUCGACAGCCCAUCGAUGACACAGCGUAUCCUACCCCACGCAUCCUCGAGUCUGGGCGCAGCUAUGAAUUCCCGUUUGUCUUCGUGGUACCGGAGCGCCUGCUGCCCCAUAUUUGCAGCCACCGGAAGAACAAUCUCCAUGUCGAACGUUCGCACACAAUGCUCCCGCCUACCUUCGGUGACCCGAUGCUGGCCAGCGAUGGCAAGACGCUUCUGGACGACCUGACUCCUGAUAUGUGCCGGAUUUCGUAUAUCGUUCGCGCCACGCUGCAGAGAAACUCCGUCGGACAGGACGGCUCCAUCGGUACCCUUGCCUCUAUUGGGAAGAAAGUUCGGGUUAUUCCUGCCGUGGAGGAAGAGCCUCCCCUCAACAUUUCAGACGAGGAGACUUUGUACUGCAUGCGCAAGGAGAAAGACGUCAAGCGUGGCUUCAUGAGGGGCAAGCAGGGCCGCAUUGUAGUCACUGCGUCGCAGCCGAAACCAAUCCAGUUGAACCCCACCAGCAAUGACGCUACAAGCGUCGUGAGCACUGUGGCAACCGUGCAUCUUCGAUUUGACCCGCUUGGAAAUGAAGAACCUCCACGUCUGGGAACAGUGUGGAGUCGACUGCGGGCGACGACUUUCUAUAGUGCGGAGCCGUGGGGCGACUUCCCUUCGACCGCCGCCAUCCAAACGUGGGCGCAGGUCGGCCGAGGAAUGUUCACAGAAGCUGUACCACUCUCAACUAUGUGUGUAGCCUCAGCGCAAUGGACCAAGCACACGAGCGCAGACGCCCCCCGCCGUGACUCCAUGCAGUCGACUUCCUCGACGGAGUCUCUUCCGGGACCGUCUGCUUCGUUCUCCGGAAACACCUUCUACACAGCUUCAGUGGUCGUACCAGUCACGUUGCCCAGAUCGAAAACUUUUGUGCCCACCUUCCACUCCUGCCUUGUUGCUCGCAUCUACAGUCUGGAGCUCAGUCUCUCUUACCACACCCCGAACGCCAACAUCUUGACUCCGACGACAUCCCUCAAGAUCCCCAUCCAGCUGACCUGUCAGCCGCAAGCUGAUGCUCGAACAAAGAAUAUCGUGAUUGAGAUCACGCAGGAGGAGGUGAAUUCCGAGUUCUUCAGUCCGCGCAGUAUCGCACCCCGUUGGAUCUCGGAGCCUGACGUUACACCUCCCGAGUACACGGCCGUGCGUACUGCCAAUCUACUUCCAGAUCGGACACGGAUUCUGCCCCCUUCGACCACAGCGAACCCCAGGGGAAUGAGAACGGCCUGCUAA